UGAAAAAAAUUUGACAUUUAUUUAAACCUCAUAGAAAUAUUUUCACAAAUUAUCACUCGCAGAGUCAUCCCAUUCAAAUUCAUAAUUUUUUCAGCGGCCUGCAUAAAUUUCAUUGAAACAGAAGAUUCAUUUCUUUCACCAAAAAUUUUAACGACGUGCCAAUUAAUGAACAACUAAUUUAAUUAAUUAAACAAAUAUCAAAAAUCCUUAAACAAUGACUUUAUAUCAUUUUGGUAAUUGCUUAGCACUGGUAUAUGUGCCAUAUUACAUGACCUAUAAAUACUCCGGUCUUUCCGAAUAUGGAGCCUUUUGGAAGUGUAUACAAGCAGGCGGUAUAUAUGUGUUUACACAAUUGUGUAAAAUGUUGGUACUGGCCACGUUUUUCGAUUCGGAUUCUUUAAGUAGUACAACGGGAGAUUUUAAUUUUUUGGCUGAAUUCUUACGCUGUAGUGUUGAUAUAGCCGAUUUAUUAGGUUUUGCUUUGAUAUUAUCGCGUAUACCCGGAAAGGGACACAGCAAGUUAAUAACCGCCGGCUUAGGUUGGGCUGCUGCCGAAGUGCUCCUAUCGAGGGGUAUUAUGCUGUGGGUUGGUGCUCGUGGCACUGAAUUCAGUUGGAUUUAUAUACAAAAAUGUUUAGAGUCAAAUGUUUUACUGAUUCAACAUAUAACUACCGCCACUUUGAUUUGGUUAUUCACCCGUCAUGAUCUGAAUAAGGCCUUGAAACCCUUGGUUACUGUUUUAUUAGUAAUCACGAUAUUCAAGGGUGUCUGGCUUGAGGGUCUUCUCAGUGUAUUGACUUUUGGUCCCUGGUCUACAAUUGCUGUUAAGGCUUUGGUCUCCACUCUGAUUGGUUUCGUUACUUUACACGUUUAUUCAGGUUUAGCUCAAAAGAUUGGUAUUUAAGUUUCUAUAUUCCAUAAAUAUUUAAAUUUUAUUAUUUGUUUAGUUAAUUGAAAUAAAGCAAUCCAUUUUUCCAUUUA